UGCGCUCCGGGUCUGCGCUUCUCUCUCAAUCUGAUCAUCUGUUAUUAAACCAGAAGAUACUGUGGAUUUUAUUGUUAAAUCUGGGAUUGUUACGAGUCAUGGAUUCUUACUCUGGGUUUGUGGACGUAUCGUAAAGACUCGGGCUCGUGAGAAUGAGGGUGUCGGAGGCAGGGAGGUAGAGCCCUCCACUUGGCUGACAGAGGUAGUUCUCGGGCUGGGGCUGGACCCACAGACCCCUGCCUCGGGGGGGCGCUCUCACCCCACUGUGAGUCCAGACCAUGGGGGAUGGAGGCGCUGGCGCUGCCGGAGGUGACGGCGUGAACCGCGCUCAUGUGCUCUUUGACAACUUCGUCCAGGCCUCCACCUGCAAGGGCACGCUCAAGGCCUUCCAGGAGCUCUGCGACUACCUGGACGUCAAACCCCGGGAGUAUAAAGUCUUCUAUCACAAACUCAAGUCCAAACUCAACUACUGGAAGGCCAAAGCUCUGUGGGCCAAACUCGACAAGAGGGCGAGUCAGAAAGAAUACAAGAAGGGCCGUGCCUGUGCCAACUCCAAGUGUCUCAUCAUUGGGGCAGGACCAUGUGGUUUACGCACAGCCAUCGAGCUGGCCUUCCUGGGGGCCAAAGUGGUGCUUCUGGAGAAGAGAGACGCGUUCUCCAGAAACAAUGUGCUCCACCUCUGGCCUUUCACCAUCCACGACCUCAGGGGCCUCGGGGCCAAGAAGUUUUAUGGGAAGUUCUGUGCCGGUGCUAUCGAUCAUAUCAGUAUUCGUCAGCUGCAGUUAAUGCUACUCAAAGUGGCUCUUCUUUUAGGUAUUGAGAUUCAUGUAAAUGUUGAAUUCAAGGGUCUUAUUGAACCUCCAGAGGACCAGGAGUCUGAGCGGAUUGGCUGGAGGGCUGAUGUUCUGCCCCGGACACACCCUGUGAGCGAGCUGGAGUUUGAUGUCAUCAUUGGGGCAGAUGGAAGGAGGAACACACUUCCAGGUUUUCGACGGAAGGAAUUCAGGGGGAAAUUGGCCAUUGCCAUCACUGCAAACUUCAUCAACAGACACACUACAGCAGAAGCAAAAGUGGAAGAGAUCAGCGGCGUCGCUUUUAUCUUUAAUCAAAAGUUCUUUCAGGACCUCAGAGAAGCCACAGGAAUUGACCUGGAAAACAUUGUCUAUUACAAAGAUGACACACACUACUUUGUGAUGACUGCCAAAAAACAGAGUCUGCUCGAGAAAGGAGUCAUUCUGCAUGACUACGCAGACACGGAGAUGCUGCUGUCCAGGGCAAACGUGGACCAGGUGGCGUUGCUUUCCUACGCCCGUGAAGCCGCCGAUUUCUCCACCAAUCACCAGCUGCCCACACUGGACUUCGCCAUAAACCACUACGGGCAGCCUGACGUCGCCAUGUUCGACUUCACCUGCAUGUACGCCUCCGAAAACGCCGCCAUGGUCCGACAGCGCAGCGGCCACAAGCUCCUGGUGGCGCUGGUCGGUGACAGUCUGCUGGAGCCCUUCUGGCCCAUGGGGACUGGAAUAGCUCGAGGAUUUUUGGCUGCCAUGGACUCUGCCUGGAUGGUGAAGAGUUGGGCUCAGGGAAAAAGUCCACUGGAGGUGCUGGCGGAGAGGGAGAGUAUAUACCGACUGCUGCCCCAGACGACACCAGAGAAUGUCAGUAAGAACUUCAGUCACUACAGUGUGGACCCCACCACACGAUACCCCAACAUCAGCCUCCACUUCCUCAAGCCCAGCCAGGUGCGGCAUCUCUUUGACACUGGUGAAUCGAGAGAAAUGAGAAUUGAGAUUGAAAAUGUGAUCAACUCGUCCACACCCAAACUGACGAGGAAUGACAAUUGCCUGCUUGACAAGCAGUUGCAAGAAUCCAUAGCUCGGUCCAGUAAGCUGCUGAACUGGUGCCAGAGACAGACGGAGGGAUACCGAAAUGUAAAUGUAACAGACCUGACCAUGUCCUGGAAAAGUGGUCUGGCCCUCUGCGCUCUCAUUCACAGAUACAGGCCGGAUCUGAUAGACUUUGAUUCUUUGGACGAGCGUGAACAUGAGAGGAAUAACCAGCUGGCGUUUGACGUGGCAGAGAAGGAGUUUGGGAUCUCGCCCUGUAUGACGGGCAAAGAGAUGAGCUCUGUGCUGGAGCCAGACAAACUCUCCAUGGUCAUGUACCUCAGCCAGUUCUAUGAAAUGUUUAAGGACACAGUGCCCCCCAGUGAUAACCUGAAUUUGAGUCCGGAGGAAAAGGCUGCUCUUAUAGCCAGCACCAAAUCUCCAAUCUCCUUCCUGAGUAAACUUGGUCAGAGUAUUGCAAUCUCCAGGAAAAGAAACCCCAAGGACAAAAAAGAGAAGGAGGUGGACGGUUUGGGGAAGCGAAGGAAAACCAGUCAGUCAGAAGACGACGAAGUUUCGAGGAGUUGCCGUGAGGAAAGGCCUUCUGUGCCAGCUCUUCCGGAGAGGAGGAUGGACCCAACCACUGUGGCGAACAACAACAAAGUCAAGGUGAUGGCCACGCAGCUGCUGGCCAAGUUUGAGGAAAACGCUCCAGCCCAACCAUCUGGACUCAAGAGACAGGCCAGAGGUGGUGCAGACCAGGUGUCCGGCGCAGGCUCUCGCAGCUGCCCAAAGAAAACCAUUCUGCUCCCCUCCUCCUCCUCCACCUCUUCGCUCUCUCUCCACUCAGAGGGCUCGCUCAGAAAAGAGUUCCCCGUCAACAUCGGAGGCAGUGAUGUGUGUUUCUUCUGCCGUAAGCGCGUGUAUGUGAUGGAGCGGCUGAGUGCAGAGGGAAAGUUCUUCCAUCGCAGCUGUUUUAAGUGCGACUACUGCGGGACCACCCUGAGACUCUCAUCCUACGCCUUCGAUGUGGAAGACGGGAAAUUUUACUGCAAACCGCACUUCUGUUACCGUCUGUCUGGCUACGCUCAGAGGAAGAGACCUGCUCCCUCUCCGGCUCCGGCCCCUGCCAAGGAACAUCCUCCAUCUCCUGUUGCCCCCACAGCGACUGUCGAUGCCCCCGGACGUGCCCCCGGAGCUCUGGCUGCUCCUGUAGCUGAGCAGCCCCCCUCAGCGCCGGAGGUCAACGGGCUGCAGGACCCCAGCGUGGCGAAGAGGCUGCGGGGGACUCCGGAGCGCAUCGAGCUGGAGAACUACCGCCUGUCUCUGCAGAAGGAGGAGGAGCUGGAGGAGGUGCCCGAGGAGACGCUGGCAGAACACAACCUGAGCAGUGUCCUGGACAAGGCCACGGCCGCUGAUCUGGGCUCCAGCAGCUCCGAGUCUGACAUGGAGGAAGAGGACGAGGAGGAGGCGGAGGAGUGCGAGGGGGAGCUACCGCCUCACAGCCCCACCGACCUGGGCGGCGUUCCCUGGAAAGAGGCCGUGGAGCUCCAUGCCAAACUGCGGGGCGAUGCCAGCGAGGACGGGGAGGCCCAGGACGCCGUGAGCAGAGACGGAGAGAUAGACGAGGAGGAGGAGGAAGAAGAAGAGGAGGAUGAAGAAGAGGAGGAGGAGGAGUCGAGUGAAGAACCUUGUGAGGAUGACGAGCUGGAAGCGGUGGCAGAAAGUCCGGAUAUGGAGCCUGGUACGGAGAUGGAUCAGGAUGACAUCCCUUCAGAUGCAGAAGCCGAAGCUCGUUUGCACCCAUCUGAGCCCAGUGAAGCAGUUCCCGAUGAGAACAAGAAAGUGGAAAAUUUGGAGAUUGCUUCUAGUAAUGGACCAUCCAGCAUCGACGAAGUUCUGGAAAAUGACAUAGUCCUUCCUCCGCUCAAACUACCUGUAGAUCUUGACACUCAGACAAAUCGAAUAUCUCCUGCUGGUUUGUUGAAAUCGCCGGGCGCUCGCUUUUUCUCAGAUCCUUACCUUCCGGAGGAAACUAAAACUGACAGAAAGAGUUCUACUCCGUCUCCGACCACAAAGAGCCCCAUUUGUCCUUCGCCCUCCGCAAAUGCCCCUAACCUCAACUCCACUCCGUCUCCCGUUUCUCCCAUAUUUCCUACAUCGACGUCUAAUAAAUCACCCGCCAUCUCUCCUGUCAAACUCGAGUCUCCCGUCAGAUCCCCCGUCAAAACUCCAAUCCUUUCCCCAAUCUGCUCCCAGCCCAUUUCACUUCCGGAAACGCACGCUCCGAGAUCUCCGGUUUACCCUCACCGCUCCAUCUGUCCUCUCACCGGGAACCCCCUUUCUCCGAUCUGCGCACAACCUCUCCCGUGCCACGAGCCCUCUUCGCCGCUCUCGUCCAGUUCUCCGGUCAGAACGCAGCCCGUGCCCGCCGUUGCGUCCACGCCCAAAUCGGAAGCGUCUGACAAGUCCGCGGACUCAUCCAUCGAGGAAACUCCAUCCAAAAAGACAGACAUCAUCGAGGAAUUCUGGCUCAAAAGCGCGGAGAUUAGAAAGAGUCUAGGUUUGACUCCGUUGGAUCGCAGUAGUAAAAUCUUGGAGAAAAGCGUCGUCACGAGCCCGCCCCAAGAACCUGUCAAAACAAAAGAAAUAGUGGAGGAGCCGAAGAAGCCAAGCAUGACCGGACGGGCUGUUAUCCGGCGAAUCAACAUCACUCUAGAAGGUCAAGUGAUCACGCCAAUCAACCCCGAAAUUAAAGGAAACGCUGCAGAUAGAAAAGAUCUUAGCAGCAGCUCUGGCUUGGGCGUAAACGGCAGCAUGGCGACCAGCUACAGCACGUCCGAUUCCACCAUGCUGACUCCGCCCUCCAGCCCGCCUCCGCCAGUGCCGACGAACCAGUCCCCCGCGGUGAUCAGGCAGCAAAAGCACCAAGCCGCAUGGAGCAACGGGAAGGAUAAACCGCAACCCGAGCCCGCCAAAGAACCCGCGAAAACGAAAACGCCGAUUCCUUCGCCGAGGACUCAGCUCAGCCCGGUUUCUGCUCCCAAACCCGCUCCGAGGAAAGCCACCUCACCACAAGCGGAACCAGAACCCGCUCCUGUGGUUGUAAUGAGAGAGAAGAAGAAAACGCGUCCUCCGGAUAACGUGAGGAAGUCUUUUGUUGAGACGGUUGAAGAGAUUCCUUUUGCGGAUGAUGUGGAGGAAGGCUAUGACGAAAGAACCCCAGAAUCAAGCAUGAAUCGAUAUUACACUCCUCCAACGAGCAAACCCAGCAGAGACCGGCCUCCUUUGCACUUGGCCUUAGCGAUGGAAAAUGGUAAACCCAAUAUCCCGGUCAAUCCUGUCUCAAAGACCCAGAGGGCAACGCAAUUUUCUCCUGAGGCCAAGGAGAUUGCGGAGGAGAGAAUGAGAGCCAGAGAAAAAUCUGUAAAGAGCCAGGCAUUGAAAGACGCGAUGGCCAAACAACUGAACAAAAUGAAAGAUUCCGAUGGCGACAAGGGGCCGUCACCCAAAGUGGCCUGGAAUGUUACCCCAGAAGUGGCUGGCAAAAGUAAAAAGUCCCCUGUGUCUCCCAAAACAUCGGCGGUGAAAGCGUUGGAAAACAAAAGGGCAGAGACUAUACCCGAACGCUUCUUCAGUAGCAACAAGAGUCUGGACAGCUCCGUAGCCUCGUCUGACGGCUCCUCGUCAACCAAAAGCAAAAAGAGGAGUUCGCUGUUCUCUCCACGGAAAAAUAAAAAGGAGAAAAAGGCUAAAAACGAAAGCAGUAGACUCUCUGGUUCAGAUGAGACACCUCCUAAACAUAAGUCACUGUGGAAGGCGGUUUUCUCAGGAUACAAGAAGGACAAGAAGAAGAAAGAGGAUAAAUCAUGCCCCAGUACUCCAUCGUCCAGCUCCACCACGCAGGAUUCAGGGAAGAAGAAGACGGCAUCUCCUGGGAGGUCUUCAGAUUUGAAGUCACGGCGAAACCUGAGCUUUUCAGAGGACUCAGAUCUGUCCUGUGAUGAUGUUUUGGAGAGGUCAUCCCAAAGGUCAAAGGCGGAUUCUUUAUAUGUCCCUCAUGCACUGGCGUUCAAGAGAUCAUAUGCCUCCAAGAAAACCUACACGGAGGAGGAGCUGAAUGCCAAAAUCACCCGAAGAGUCCAAAAAGCUGCACGACGCCAAGCGAAACAGGAGGAGCUGAAGAGGCUGCACCGAGCUCAAAUCAUCCAGAGACAGUUGGAGCAGGUGGAGGAGAAGCAGAGGCAGCUGGAGGAGCGGGGCGUAGCUGUGGAGAAAGCCUUAAGAGGAGAAGCAGACUAUUGGGGAGAUUCUAAUUACAGUGAAAUCCUGGACUUGCAUCUGGGCGGAAUGGGCAAGAAGGACGACCCCAAACUCAUGCAGGAGUGGUUCAAGCUGGUCCAGGAGAAAAACGCCCUGGUCCGAUACGAAUCUGAGCUCAUGAUAUUUGCCAGAGAGCUGGAGCUGGAGGACAGACAGAGCCGACUGCAGCAGGAACUCAGGGAGAGGAUGGCAGUGGAAGACAACUUGAAAACAGAACAGGAGCUGGCGCAGGAGAAGCAGAUCCUGAACGAGAUGUUGGAGGUGGUGGAGCAGAGGGACUCUCUGGUGGCCCUCCUGGAAGAGCAGCGUCUCCGAGAGAAAGAGGAGGACAAGGACCUGGAGGAGGUGAUGCUCUCGAAAGGAUUCAACCUCAACUGGACCUAAGAACGCAGACAUUACAGAUUUAACACGCAGUGAACUCCUCCUCCUCCUCCCCCUCCUCCGCACAGCCCCGCCCCCCUCACGGCCCCCUGCUCCCCUCACACCUGCAGCACUGAAUGUUCCGGCUCCUUUUUUCGACUCCAGGGCUGCAGCUCAGUUCGGCGGGACGUGUUGUUUACAUGUCCACCGUUCGAAGGCACCACUGUUUAAUCACUUUGCAGUUUGGCCUUUUCCUUCCUCUAUCACUCAGUGGGAGUUUGUGAAGCCUCUGGACCGCGGGGGACUCUGGGAGAAUGUUUAAAGAAAAUCUAAAGGGAAGAAUGCAGUGAAGUCCUGCUGAUGUACAGCCUUUGUAAAAAACAAAACAAAAAAAACUUCUUCUGCUUCUGUGUAUAGUUGUUUUUGCAGGUCCGACUCAGCAUCCACUUUUGACCUUUUAGAGACGGAUGCAGAACUUCGACGCUGGAGGCCGGUGUCCAGUUACAAUUUCACGAUUUUAGGAUGUUUUUUUUUUUUCGCUGAAGUUGCCUUUAUUUUUCUCAAACUGCAUUGAAAUGAACCACGCUCGAUCUGAAAGGCACAUUUGUUCUCUUCUAUCAGACUGUACGGAGUCAUUAAGAUACCAUCAACUACGGCCACGCAUAUUAUGUAUUUAUUCAGUUUGUUUGCUUUUACUAGAUAAACACAGUUCCGUAUUCACAUGAGAGAGCCCGGAAUCUCAUUAGUUUUCUCUUGUGCAUAACUCCAACCCCAUCAGACUCUGCAUGUCAGACACCAGGCUCCAGGUGCAGAGUCAAACACAAAACACUAACGCGUAUGAGCAGACUUGAUAACACGGGGGCCUCCCUGUGUGACGCCUGUUUAUCAUAUUGACAACUAAUGUUUACAAGUUUUUGUUCAUGUUCAGAAUGGAGUUUUCUUGUUCUCCGCGUUGGCAGCAGCCGCGCGAUAAACAGCUGUGGAAAUAAUUCACUUUGGGAGGAAAUGUUCUUCCAGCUUUAGGAAAGUCUGCAGCCAUUUGCAUUAACUUUGUGAACUGUGGAUAUUAAUAAUGCAGAGAAUAAUGCAGUGCUCAGACCCAUGUUUGUGCCACAGGACUGUUUUCAUAUAGUUACACAUUGGCCUGACACAGUUUAAUGCUGCAGCGUCACUCAGAAACACUACAUUCAGUUUAUCACAGUGUUAACACGUUUUCACUUCAAGAAGAUGCCUUUUUACCGUUUUUAUUUCAUCUAAUUUAACUUUUAUCAGUUUGUGUUUUUAGUCACAUAUCUCACGUUCACUGGACGUUUUGUUUUUUCAGGACACAAACACAGCAACUCCAUAAUAACAAGAGCGGCACUUAGAAUCAGGGAUGCACCGAUACGAUACUGGUGUCGUAUAUCGGCUCCGAUAUUGAGCAUUUUGAUGGAUCAGAUAGCGGUUCUAAGAUAUCGGUUCUGAUGAUAUCACGUUUUGGUCUAAAUUGGUAUAACAAAAUGAUUUAAUAGCCACUGUUGUACCACAACGUUUCACAUUUUUUUACAUUUUUUUUCCCAAAGCAGUUUUGUUGUUACUUUAAAGCUACACUGUGUAACUUUUUGGUUGGGGAUCCCUCACCUGCUUGUUUCUAUGGAUAUAUUUGUUCAUUGCUUUGCCUGGAAUGUUCCACAGUAUGACAUUUAACAUCUCCACCUUACAUUUAUGCAAUUACAGGUUGUUUCAUAACUCAAAAAUACCUGGAAAAGCAGGAAUUCUGACUGAGCAGCAGAGGUGGGGUCUUGCAAGUCGUGACUUGGACUCGAGUCAGACUUGAGUCACUAUUUUUUUAACUCGAGACUUGACUUGACAAAAUGGACUAAGACUCGGGACUCAACAUGGACUUGAAUCCAAUCCAUUUUAUUUCUAUAGCACAUUUCACAAACAAACAGUUUCCAAAGUGCUGCACAAACACAUAAUAAUAACAACAAUAAUAAAAUAAUAAAAUAAACAUUAAGAUUUAAUCAUACUAGUCUGAAAAUAAUAAAACCAGUUAAAUAAAAUAAGAGCAAAAUCAUAGAAUAGCAAUAAAUAAAUAAAACCAAUAAAAUACACAAAAAUAAAUAAUAAAAUAAACAAAAUAAAUGAAAGACACAGAGGACCACACAACUCACGCGGUGUUAAAAGCCAAAGAAUAAAAGUGAGUUUUAAGACGAGGUUACUGAAGGUCAAUGAUUUUGGACUUGACUUGGACUUGAGGCCUGUGACUUGAGAAGCACUUUUAAAUCUGAAUUCGUUCUAUUCUGAUUGUAAUGAUUCACUCUAAGAUCUUGUCAAGACAUUUCAAAAGGAAACAUUUACAUUUCUACAACUCUUAAAUACUCAUAUAUAAAUAUACCAUGUUUUUUUUUUAAAGUACAAUUUAUCUUAAAAGUCGUAUAAAUUGCAAAAAUCUAGUUAUUUAUAUUUGUUACUUUGGUUUAAAGACUUGAAAUGACUUGAAGCUCAAAGCAGACGACUUGGACUUGACUUGGACUUAUGGGUCAGUGACUCGAGACUCGACUUGGACUUACCUGUAUUUGACUUUGGACUUGACUCGGACUUGAGGUCAGAGACUUGAGACGCACUUUUUAAUCUGAAUUUGUUCUAUUCUGACCGUAAUGAUUCACACUAAGACCUUGUCAAGACAAUUAAAAAGGAAAAAUUAAACAAAAUGUACUUAUAGAGUAUAUAAGAGUUGUAGAAACUCUCAAAUAUAAAUAUACUAUAAUUUUUUAAGUACAAAUGAUCUUAAAAGUCAGAUAAAUUGCAAAAAUUUAAGAUAUAUUUGGUACUUUGGUUUAAAGACUUGAAAUGACUUGAAGCUCAAAGUAGACGACUUGGACUUGACUUGGACUUAUGGACCAGUGACUCGAGAUUUGACUUGGGACUUGACUUGGACUUGAGGUCAAAGACUUGAGACUUGCAAAACGACGACUUGGUCCCACCCCACCUCUGGUCGCCUCUCCACAGAUCUGACCUCUAACUUGGCCCGGUUCGGUCUCUGUGAAGAUAGAACAGUUUAAAGCCAUACUGCGGAACAUUCCAGACAAAGCAAUAACAUCUCGGACCCUCCUUCAGAAAAGUUACUGGUCUUGGCAGAUGCUUAAAAUAGGAAAUAAACCAAAAAAAUCGAUAUUGGAAACCUGAAAAAGCUUGAAAUCGGUGCGUCCCUUCAAAACGGCGAAAGAGGAAAGCGCAUAGUUUGGUCUAAUCCAAUCAAACAUUUUAAACCGUUUUAAAAAUCCAGAUGUACUUGGACACUGCUGUGCUUCUCGUCGGCGCCCCCUACGCUACAUGUGCAUAAGACUUGGUUUAAGCUGUGAAUAAAAAUGUUUUAAGAAAUGAUUUUACGGGGUGUCGUUUUAGAGUGUGUGAAAUAAGUUUGAAAUGACUGAUAUUUAUUAACGUGUGCAAAACUGUAUAAAAUGUAAAGAAAAUGAACCCUAAUUUUUAAAACGGUCUGUCACAUGACGUGUAUUGUAAAUGCUUCAUGUAGCUAAGUGCGUAGGGGUUAUGGAUGUAUGCUCAAAAGGCAAUAAAUCAAUGCAGUUCUCUUAAA